AUGAAAAAGGCGUCAUCAAAAGAUCGAAUUCAGCAUUGGCUUGAUUUUAUCGAUCCAAGCCAGACAGAUUUAGCCUCCACACAGUGCAGUCAACAGAUGCCAAGAGAAAUUCUGCUUCAGGCCAAAGGGAAAGAAUAUGAAGUGAAAAAGCAUAUGGCUCGAGUUGAGAAAGAAAAAGAAGACAAGCUCUUAACCCCUUUUCAUCCAUUGACCAAUGCUUCUUUCACCACUUCAAAUGAGCUGUAAUUUCUAUACAGUUAGUGUUGAGAAUAGACUACUUAAAGCAGGACAGAUUUACUCUCAAAAAUUGCAAGAAAAAAGGAAAGAAAAGUCUGAAAACGAAAGGAAAGAAGAAGAAAAGCUGAAAAUAAAGCCAAGACCUGCAUCAGCUGGAAGAUCGCGAGAGAGACUUUAUGGAAUGCAUAACUUAUACAAGCAAAAACAGAUCCAAAGACAAAUUGAAGAAGCAGAAAGAGUGAGAUCAGAGCUCAAAGACCCAGAGCUAUGCAAGCGAUCGCUAGAAAUAGCAGAGAAAAAAGAUCGACCAAAUAGAGUUGAAGACAGAUUGAUUGAGCAGGCAAAUAAAUCGGUUGAAAUGCUUAAUACCAAACGACUGAUUUCGGAAAUGGCCAGAAAAUGGGCAUCAAAGCCAACAAUUUCUCCAAUGGCAAGAAAGAUUAAGAGAAGCGGAAAUGUAUCUGAGAGACUUUCCAAGUAUAGCUUCAUUUAUGAGGACAAUUUGAACAAGUUGAAAAUGAAAUAUGAAGAUAGCAUUCCGCACCCAAAAUCUCCAUCAAAAAUCGAAAAAAGAGAAGUUCCGCUUAUGGACAGGCCGAAAUCCCCAAUUAAAGAGCCCGAAAUUGAUUUUCCAUUCAAGCCACAACUUUGUAAAAGAUCUCUCGAAAUGGCUAAAAGUCUGGGAAAAUCAACUGAAAGACUGCUAAGAGCGUCUCCAUCCCCCACCAAUUUUACAGACGAUAAAGAAUGCUCUUUCAGUCCACUUGUCAAUAAGAACUCAGAGAAGUUAGACAGAAGACAAAAAACCAAUGAGAACGGGGACAAAACUGAGAGAUGAGAAGCACUCUAUAACUUGCGAAACUUAAACUCAGAAAGAAGGAGAGAGCUAAUAGAUGAAAGACUAGAAGAGGAAGGCCGGGAUUGUGCUUUCCAUCCUCUUGUCAUGACUCCACAGAAGAAAGAGUUCAAUCCUGAAAAGCUCUUAGAGAGACUGAAUGGGUGGGAAAGCAUUAGAAAAGAGAAAAUCCAAAGAACCAGAGAAGACGAAAUUGAAGGAAGCAUGAAAAAGUGCACUUUCCGUCCUGAAAUUUGUGACUCUCCUUAUUCAUCAAAAGAAAUAAACUUCCCUACCGACAAAGGAGUCCAGAAGUACAUUGAAAAGCAACUAUCGGCAAGAAAAAGAAGCCUCGAAAGCACCCCGAGAACUCCUGAAAAGAAACCAAAAUCAGCUUACAAAGAACUAAGCGCGAACGACUUUUUAUUGGCUUUACAGAAACUCCAUGUUGACUUGUGUGAAAGCCAAUUAUAA